GAGAGCUAAUGAGAAGGCUGAAUGCAGAAGAUUAGCACCCAGGACAUGUCGACAAUGGCAGCAUAGCUAUUCGAAUUUCAUGUUAUGAUUUUAUCUGGGAUGAAACAAGUUAAUAUUCCAUAUUGACCCAAGCAUGACAAAGUCUCAGCUUUUACAUCUUUCAUCGGGUUAAUCACUGCGACUAAGCAAAGAAAAAGUCUUUAACACCCAAAGCAAGCAUCAAUCCGAAAGGAAAAUUUUUCUUCAGAUUCCAUUUCACCUCAAUCUGGAUUCACCAUGUUUGCCAAACGCUUGCUUCAGAAAGCGGUCCACCAUUCUGAGCAAAAUGUGCAGCAUGAGAAUUUGAAAUCAGAAGACUUGGAUUUGCGAGUUGCUAUCCACUAUGGGAUCCCAUCUACUGCGUCACUCCUUGCUUUUGAUCCUAUUCAGCGGCUCUUGGCUAUCGGGACUUUGGAUGGCCGGAUUAAAGUUAUUGGUGGUGAUGGAAUUGAGGCACUUUUCAUAUCUCCGAAGCAAUUGCCUUACAAGUAUUUGGAGUUCAUACAAAACCAGGGUUUCUUAAUCAGCAUCUCCAAUGACAAUGAUAUUCAGGUUUGGAAUCUGGAGAGCAGGUGUCUGGCAUGUUGUUUACAGUGGGAAUUCAACAUUACUGCCUUCUCUUUCAUCAGUGGUUCACACUUCAUGUACAUUGGAGAUGAGUAUGGUUUGAUGUCAGUGAUUAAGUAUGAUGCUGAAGAUGGAAAUCUUUUGCAGUUGCCCUAUUAUAUAUCAGCAAAUUCUUUAAGUGAAGCAGCUGGGUUUUCAUUUCCUGAUGACCAACCUGUUGUUGGGAUUCUUCCUCAACCCCAUUCUUCUGGGAAUAGAGUCAUAAUUGCAUAUGCAAAUGGUUUGAUAAUUCUUUGGGAUGUUUCUGAAGCUCAAAUUCUUUUUAUUGGAGGUGGAAAGGAUCUUCAGUUAAAGGAUGCGGUGGAGUCUGAUGUUCAAGAUGAUACAUUUGAGCAUCAUCUACAAGAAAAGGAGAUAAGUGCUAUUUGUUGGGCAUCUUCUGAUGGAACCAUUCUUGCAGUGGGAUACAUAGAUGGGGAUAUCUUGUUCUGGAAUACAUCAACUAUUGCCUCUUCUAAAGGUGAACGAAAUGGACAAAACAAAAAUGUUGUUAAGCUGCAAUUGUCAUCUGCUGAGAGGAGACUUCCUGUGAUUGUCUUACAAUGGUCCUCAAACAAUGGAUCCCGCAAUGAUUGUAAUGGCCAACUUUUUAUCUAUGGUGGUGAUGAAAUAGGAUCUGAAGAAGUUCUAACGGUUUUGAGUCUUGAAUGGUCAUCUGGGAUGGAGACUGUUAGAUGUGUUGGUCGUGUGGACCUUACCCUCACUGGCUCUUUUGCUGACAUGAUUUUGUUGCCAACUGCUGGGGCAACAGUGGGCAAUCACAAAGCUGAUCUUUUUGUGUUGACAAACCCUGGACAACUGCAUCUUUAUGAUGGUACGAUCUUGUCUACCUUGUUAUCUCAGCAUAAGAGGAAGCAAUUUUCCUGUCCAGCAGAAUUUCCCAUGGUAAUACCUACAGCUGACCCAUCAAUGACUGUGGCAAAGUUCAGCGUGCUACCCAAAGGUGGAAACUCAUCAAAAGGUCUGUCAGAGCUUGCAUCAAUGAUGAAACCAGGCUCAACACCAACCCCAGCUGCUGGCAUAAAGUGGCCCUUGACAGGGGGUGUACCCACACAACUAUCUGUUGCCAAAGAUAACAGUAUCAAACAAGUGUACAUAGCAGGUUACCAGGAUGGAUCUGUUCGGAUAUGGGAUGCGUCAUACCCUGUCCUGACACUUAUCUCUGUUUUAGGAGAAGUGCAAGGUACAAAUGUGGCUGGUUUAAGUGCUCCAGUGACCACCCUGAACUUCUGUUGGCUCACUUUAAGUUUGGCUGUUGGAAAUGAAUGUGGCGUGGUUCGCAUUUAUAACCUCAAUGGCAGCUCAGGUAAAACAAGCUUUCACUAUGUCACUGAGACAAAAUGUGAAGUUCAGAGUUUGCCUCAAGGACAAGGACCUAAGUGUAUAGCUGUAUUUUCCCUUCUUAAUUCACCAGUUCGAGCCAUGCAGUUUGUUAAUUGUGGAGCCAAGCUUGCUGUUGGAUUUGAAUUUAGUCAUGUCGCUGUACUUGAUGUGAGUUCAUCAUCAGUUUUGUUUGUUACUGACUGUGUAUCUAGUCCGUCAUCUCCAAUCAUUUCAGUGUCUUGGUUAGAGUUUAAAAAUGCUCAUAGCCUUGUAAAAAGCUCGAAGCAUUCAGAAACAGAAGCUGCAGUCAAAUCUGGAGAGGAAAUAAUAUUUAUCUUAACCAAGGAUGCAAAAAUUAUCUCUGUUGAUGGUGGUAAUGGUGCGAUGAUACGCCCUCAUCCAUGGCACUUGAAAAAAGAAGAAACUGCACUUUCCAUGUACAUUAUAGGGAGCAAUUUUUCUGUAUCUGAAUUAAACUGUGAAAAGCAGCUGGAGGAAUCCAGCAAGGAUACCACUGACAAGGGUGAGCCUAGGCUUAACGCUUCUUCAACUGGGACUGAACAUCUCCCCUCUUCAGAAACUGCAUCCUCUCAGGAACACUCAUUUGAUGCACAUCUUUUGCUUUGUUGUGAAAAAUCAUUGUGCUUGUACUCCAUGAAGUCUGUGAUUCAGGGGAAGGCUAAAACCAUUCUUAAAGUAAAACAUGCAAAACCUUGCUGUUGGACAACCACUUUUAAGAAAGAUGAAAGAAUUUGUGGACUGGUCUUGCUGUUUCAAACAGGGGAUAUGGAGAUCAGAUCCUUGCCAGCCUUGGAAUUGGUUAAAGAAAGCUCCAUAAUGUCAAUUCUAAGGUGGAACUACAAGGCAAACAUGGAUAAGAUGAUGACUUCUGAUAAUGCGCAAGUUACACUGGCAAGUGGAUGUGAAGUGGCAUUCAUCUCUCUCUUGGAUGGUGAAAAUGAUUUCAGGAUUCCAGAAUCUCUGCCCUGUCUACAUGAUAAAGUUCUUGCAGCGGCUGCUGAUGCUGCCUUUAGUUUUUCUUCAAAUCAGAACAAAAAACAGGGUACAGCACCAGGGAUUCUUAGGGGUAUAGUCAAAGGCUUCAAAGGAGGAAAAGUGAAUACUUCUCCAACACCAGAAUCUGAUUUUUCUCAUUUGGAGAGAAAGUUUUUAAUGUCCCCGUUCUUGGACUCAACCCAGAAUGCUAUAAAUACGCAGGAAGAUGUGGAGCUUGAUAUAGAUGACAUUGAUAUAGAUGAAAUGCCACCUGUAACUAGCUCCUCAUCUCAUGAAGUUGUUAAUACAAAAGGAGAGAAGGAAACAGACAGAGAAAAACUGUUAGGUGCACCAGAUGAUCCAACGCCCAGACUUAGAACACCUCAAGAAAUUAUUGCUAAAUAUAGAAAAACUGGGGAUGCCUCUUCAGCAGCCGCACAUGCAAGAAAUAAACUUGUGGAAAGGCAGGAAAAGCUGGAGAGAAUCAGCAGGCGUACUGAAGAGCUGCAAAGUGGGGCUGAAAACUUUGCAUCAUUGGCAGAUGAGCUUGUCAAGGCAAUGGAAAAUCGAAAGUGGUGGCAGAUAUAAUGGGAUAUGAAUGGGGAUUAAUUAUCUUGAGAUUAGUUCUAUCAUGUUCAAUGUUACUUGAUCACUUUUGGGAACAGGAGACCUGAACCAAGAGGAUCUUUGAUGGCCAUUAUCAUUGCACACUAGCAACUUUCUGCAAAGCAUAUGAUCUGCUUAGUGGAAAAUUGAGGGUUGCGGCUUCGACAGACAACAGCAUUCAAGAGUUCACUGUUUCUGAUGUAAAGUAAAUAUAUGUUGCAGCUGCUUAAAUACGAUUCAUGCUGGUCCACAAUCAUAAAUUUCCUUUUAUGCAAUGCAUAUUGAAGAGUGAAUGUAAAAAAGGAUUGAUGUUGAUGAAGUAUAGAGGUGUAAAAUCUUUAUUUUUGAACAAUCUACUAUCCAUAUCAGUGAUGCAGAAUUUCCCGGCAGGUUACUACUGGUAUCAGAACGUUCCAUUAAUAACAAAGAAUGGUAAGCAGGAACUGUACCUGUAUGAACUUUGGGACCAUACCCUUUUUCAAAGAUUGAACCACAAAACAGAAUCAGAAAAGCUAGUGAACAAGAAAGCGACAAUUGCGUGUUUUAAAAUGAAUUAAAUUCAUUUAACUCACGUAUAAGACAUUUAAUUAAUCACGUCAAAUUCUUAAAGUCUAAAAAAAAAUCAACAACCAAUUAGCAAGUCGCAUUGGAUGUAGUAUAAAAUUUCAAAGAACAUAAAAACCAUGUGCAGCUAUGGCUAUUGACUCGAACUUUCACUAAACUAACAAAACGUAGAAGUUUGGAACUUAAGGGUGCCCAUUGUUGGCUUUGACCAAACAUUAUCUUGAGAAAGAAAUGCAAUUCCUCUUUCCUCUGAAUGGCAUGAAAUAAAAUAAUUAAUUACACCCAGGGAGAAAGUGCUUCAGAUUCACAUCAAAGAAUAGAAUUUUGUUGGUAAAACCACGUGAUCCAUGUCGUUUGUUCUUCAUGUCGUAUGAAAAUCUAAGACCGUUCACCCAUAGAUUUAGAUUUCCCACGAAGAAUGAAGAUACCCCAACAGGGGAAGCGAAUGGACAUCGUGGUCAUCCAACUUAAAACAUACUCGUUUAACAAAGCGUGCACGAUAUAAGCAUGCUGGUGCUUGUUCUUUCAAUCUUCGUGGCUGUGGUCCAUAUGGGCUUCAGUAGAAUACCGACCUGUCGAAGCUCAUGGGAAAAAUAAUGGUUAAUAUUUUUGUAUUUAAUAUUAUCCCACCACCAAGGAAAUUCCGUCCAUGACCAUGGAAGACAUGAAUGCAUGAACAGGUCCAAGUACAAUGGCUCUGUCAUACGUAUUGGAAAGGGAUUUCGCACGAAGCCCACCACAUGGGAAAAGUGCAACACGCUCCAAUGAGGUGGACUGCACCGGCCGAACCAUGACCCAAAGUCCACAAAUCUCAAAAAAAAAAAAAAAUUGGUGACAGGCUGACUCUCGCUCGUUCCUGCACCCCCUUCCUCCCUUCCUUUUUAACGGGGCAGAAAGUCCCGGUCUUUCCCUAACUCUCUCUCUUCUCAAGGAACAGAAACACUCACAAAUAUUGUGACCUGUUAUUGCUGAGGAGAGAGAACAUCAAAGAAUCGUGAGGUUGUUGUUCGAACAAGAUUGAUAGCAUCAAGAACUGUUUUUUUUUUCUCUCGCCUUAAAGUUGGCAACUUAUUCAGUAGUAUUCGGUUUCUGUUGCA